GGGCUGCUCGCCGUGUCUUCACGUAAUCUGAAGAGUACGAGCAUGGACACCGUCGGCGUGCGUUCUCAUUUGACACCUUCUUCCACAAUCGCCACAGCCAUCCUCUCUAUUUCCUCCCCCUCCUGUUCUGCACCAACAUCUACACCUCCUCUUCUCGCGUCGGCAUGGCUCAACGGGGACAUGUUCCACGUUUUGGUGAUUGGAACCAAAACGCUGCCUACACGACAUACUUCGAAACGGCACGCAAGGGGAAAGCUACUGGAUCAAACAUUGUCAAUCCUAAUGAUCCUGAGCAGAGCCCGGAGCUCCACAAGCCUGGGCCAUUGGCUGCAGAACCCUCAUAUCCAUAUCCUAAACAAGGCCCGGUGAAUCCGCAGUCGAAGCCAAACAAUGGCAGGGAAGAACGACAACUUGAAGGAGGAUAUGCACCAGCUCCGCCGCAGUCCAGAAACAGCAGCCAGGGAACCACCGUGGACCGAUAUGGUAGAAACCAUGCAGCGGCACGCAGGAAUCCAGGAGAAGUCGGCUACAUCCCUUCUCCGUCGCCGGUAUCACCUAGCAGAGCAGGAAACGCUCGUGGAGGCCUAGCCGGACGGCAGAGAGCCACGGCGGUGCCCAAGUUCGGUGAAUGGGAUGCAACCGAUCCUAAAUUUACUCCAGGUUACACAGUCAUCUUCAACCAAGUUAAAGAAGACAAGAAGGCGAGCACCGCAGCUCAUCUGCCCAAAGUUCCUGUCCAACCAACGCGAUCUCCAGCCACCGCCGAGAAGGCGUACCGAAACGACGAUUCCUGUUGGACCGCGCUGUUCCCUUGCCUACGUCCAGACGUCAGAUACUGAUCCGGAAUUCCAAAUGGUCCAUCUUCAACUCCGUGAUGCAUUACAUCGAACGAUUUUUCGACGCAUUUGUUUGAUUUGUUCAGCUUGUUCCUUUCAGCAAGAAUGGUUCUUCUUCUUGAAUAUGUGCACUGUGAAUGGAUGUUGCUUUUCAUUUAUUUUUAUGGGGUCA